AUGGCAUCUCGCAGCCUCUUCGCAUCCUCGUCGUCAUGGCGCAGGAUAGCGACGCAGGCUCGAGAUGUCCCCCGGUCCCUAUCGAUCAGCGUCCGACACAGCUCCAGCCAUAGCAGCUCGACCUCGGCUAUCGCCUACAAGGCAAUUCGUCGCCGGCAAGCACCUCUCCCCGUCAGCGACCAGCCGCCCUCGUGGUCAGCCCAGGCGGCUGUUUCCAACAUCCUCUACGAGACUCCGUCUCCGUCGGCAGCCCCUCCGAAGCGGCAUGUGCUCAAUUGCCUCGUCCAAAACGAGCCCGGUGUACUCUCGCGCGUCUCAGGUAUCCUGGCCGCCCGGGGCUUUAACAUCGACUCGCUGGUCGUGUGCAGCACCGAGGUAGAAGACCUGUCGCGCAUGACGAUUGUGCUCACGGGUCAGGAUGGAGUCGUCGAGCAAGCCCGCCGGCAACUCGAGGACCUCGUUCCGGUUUGGGCUGUCCUCGACUACACAAACUCUGCCUUGGUGCAGCGCGAGCUGCUUCUGGCCAAGAUCAACAUCCUUGGGCCGGAGUAUUUUGAGGAAUUGCUCGCACACCACCGGGAAAUCACGGCCGACGGAACCGAAGAGGAGAACGGCCAGGAGGCUAGUAAGCCCAGCCUGGAGGAGGCUGCCAACGACUUCCACCCCAGCCGGUUGGCUGCUAGCCAGGCACUUCGUCUCAAGCACGAGCACCUGAAGAACAUCACCUACUUUACUCACCAGUUCGGCGGCAAGGUUCUGGACAUUAGCACUAAUAGUUGCAUUGUCGAGGUCUCUGCGAAACCCUCCAGGAUAGACUCGUUCCUCAAGCUCAUUGCUCCUUUCGGCAUCCUUGAAUCUGCUCGCACCGGGUUGAUGGCGCUGCCAAGAUCCCCUCUAUACGGGCCUGAUGAGGAUACCCACGUCAAGGAUGCCGAUGAAGUUGUCGACGCCAGCCAGCUUCCCCCGGGUUAA